UUGUUGUCAGUUUCUUGAUCAUGCUUGCAUUCCAAGCCCAGAUGGGCAUCAUGUAUUGGCCACAUUUGGUUGUGUUGUGUUUCAUGGGAAUGCUUCUAAUACCUUCCUUGUGUCAAGAUGAUGCAACUACAGCUGUGUACAUUGUUAUUCUCCGACAAGCUCCUGCUUCUCACUUUCAGGAUGAGUUGACCAGAAUGGGUAAGAGCUUCAGACAUGGUGGUUCUUCUGGGAGGAGAACAACACUUCACAAACCAAGACAUAAUAAGAAUGUUACAAACACAGAAAGGACACAUGGUUCUUACUUUGCCCGAGUCCAUAAUUCAUUGUUGAAGAAGGUGUUUAAAGGGGAGAAAUAUCUGAAACUCUAUAGCUAUCAUUACUUGAUUAAUGGAUUUGCUGUGCUGGUAACCCAACAGCAGGCAGAGAAGCUAUCAAGGAGAAGAGAAGUGUCCAAUGUGGUUUUGGAUUUUUCUGUGAGAACUGCAACUACUCAUACUCCACAGUUUUUGGGUCUACCACAAGGAGCUUGGUUGGAAGCAGGUGGAUUUGAAACUGCAGGAGAAGGAAUCACUAUUGGGUUUAUUGACACUGGCAUUGAUCCUACGCAUCCUAGUUUUGCUGAUGAUAAAUCUGAACAUCCAUUCCCUAUUCCUGCUCAUUUUUCUGGUAUCUGUGAGGUUACUCGGGAUUUUCCAUCUGGUUCUUGCAAUAGGAAGCUUGUUGGGGCUCGUCAUUUUGCAGCAUCUGCUAUAACCAGAGGAAUAUUUAAUUCAACUGAGGACUACUCUUCUCCCUUUGAUGGUGAUGGCCAUGGCACGCACACAGCUUCUGUUGCAGCUGGAAACCAUGGAAUUCCAGUGGUUGUCGCUGGGCAUAAUUUUGGCAAUGCUAGCGGGAUGGCUCCUCGUUCACACAUAGCCAUUUACAAGGCACUAUACAAGAGAUUUGGAGGAUUUGCUGCCGAUGUUGUUGCAGCUAUUGACCAGGCAGCUCAGGAUGGGGUUGACAUAAUAUGCUUGUCAAUCACUCCUAAUAAGCGUCCUUCUGGUAUAGCAACUUUCUUCAAUCCAAUAGAUAUGGCAUUGCUCUCAGCCGUGAAAGCUGGUACUUUUGUAGUGCAAGCUGCUGGUAAUACUGGACCUGCACCUAUGAGCAUGUCCUCCUUCAGUCCAUGGAUUUUUACUGUUGGUGCCACCUCUCAUGAUCGAGUUUAUAGCAACUCUCUAUUUCUUGGAAAUAAUGUGACCAUACCUGGAGUUGGACUUGCACCUGGCACAUAUGAGAACAAGAUGUAUAAACUAAUUCAUGCACGGCAUGCUGUGAGCAAUGACACAACAGUUGCUGAUGAUAUGUAUAUUGGUGAGUGUCAAGAUGCAAGUAAAUUCAAUCAGGAUUUGGUCCAGGGCAACCUCCUGAUCUGUGGCUAUUCAGUCCGAUUUGUACUUGGACUUUCCACCAUCCAACAGGCCUUAGAAACAGCCACGAACCUUAGUGCAGUUGGUAUUGUUUUCUCCAUGGAUCCUUUUGUGACGGGUUAUCAGAUUAACCCAGUUCCAAUGAAAAUGCCUGGCAUAAUAAUUCCAUCAGCAAAUGAUUCCAAGAUAUUACUGCAAUACUACAAUUCUUCACUGGAAAUAGAUGGUGAUUCAAGUAAAAUUGUUAAAUUUGGAGCCGUAGCUAGCAUUGGUGGUGGAUUGCAAGAGAACUACAAUAAUGCUGCCCCAAAGGUUAUGUAUUACUCUGCCAGAGGACCAGACCCAGAGGACAGUCUUCCACAUGAAGCUGACAUUUUGAAACCCAAUUUGGUUGCUCCUGGAAAUUUUAUAUGGGCUGCUUGGAGUUCUCUUGCCACUGAUUCAAUUGAAUUUCUAGGUGAGAAUUUUGCUAUGAUGUCUGGCACAAGCAUGGCUGCACCUCAUGUUGCUGGUCUUGCUGCACUAAUUAAGCAAAAGUUUCCCGAUUUCAGUCCUGCAGGCAUUGGGUCUGCACUUUCCACCACAGCUUCUCUCUAUGACAACAAUGGGAGGCCAAUAAUGGCUGAGCGAUCUUAUCCCUCCCUUGACCUAAACCUAUCUCCAGCAACUCCCUUUGACAUGGGAAGUGGUUUUGUGAAUGCUACUGCAGCAUUAAAUCCGGGAUUGCUUUUUGAUUCUAGUUAUGGUGAUUAUAUGUCAUUCCUAUGUACCAUCAAUGGUUCAACUCCUUCAGUGCUAAACUACACUGGUGAAAACUGUUGGAGUUAUAAUUCUACUGUAUAUGGACCUGAUCUGAACUUGCCCUCAAUCACAAUAGCAACGUUGAACCAAUCUAGAGUAGUGCAAAGAACUAUCCAAAACAUUGCUGGAAAUGAAACUUACAAUGUUGGUUGGAGUUCUCCAUAUGGAACCUCUAUGAAAGUGUCUCCUACCCACUUCUUUCUUGCCAAUGGAGAGAGACAAGUCUUGUCUGUGAUCUUUAAUGCAACCAGCAAUAGCUCUGUUGCUAGCUUCGGAAGGAUUGGCCUGUUUGGUCAUCAAGGUCAUGUUGUCAACAUUCCUGUGUCAGUCAUUGUUAAAAUAUCAUAA